AAAGCUGAAUGAUAAAUUUAUUUAGAAGUUAAAACCUUCUCGCUGUGAGAAUACGGGCGUGGAACAUCAUCAUACCAAUUAACAUGUGGAAAUAAUUUAUUUACAAUUGGAAUUUUAAGGAAAAAUUUUCGUUAUCAAUUUUUCUAAAAUUGUUAACGACAAAUCCUGACAAAUUUCACAACGUACUUAUAGAUUUGAACUAGCAGAAUGCAUCGUGUUGCCAUAUACAUAAAAUUAAAUCGCGAACAUUGUAACGUAAUGCUCCUUGUAAUUGAUGAAAGAGGAAAUUGCGUACGAUCCAUACGAAAGUGGCUACGAAAGUAGUUAUGACAAAUAAUGAUUUUAGUUACAAAUGCAAAGUUUGGGCGUCAUAUUAAAAUAAUGUCCGGGUCAGGGACUUCGUUUACGUUCACGAGAAAUAUCGUUUGCCUGUAUUGCAUACGAUCGAGACAAGGAUGGAACAGCAAGGAAUUUUAACUCUGGAAUGGAAAUCUUAACUGGUGAAUGAGUUAGCGUUUUUUCCGUAUGCAUAGUGGCAUAACCUCGUCAAGUACGUAUGUAUUAACUUUCCAGUGACGACUCUUCAUAUUCGAAGCGACAUAAAAGCAAACAUUUUUGUUAUCGUACACGGCCACUGGAUAUGAUAGAUACCAUGAAAAAUUUGUUUAACAAGUUUCGCAUCCAUUUUCCUCGACAGGACAUCUCAGGUCAAUAGCACGUGCUUCUAUCAUCGUGCAUGAUGCAAACGGGUUGAAUCUUGUAUCUCUGGUUUCAUCAGCCUUGCAAUUCGACAGAUUUGCUGAUAAUCCAAGUGGAAAUCUACCUGAACAUCACGGAUUGCCGAGGGGAAUUUCAAAAAGUCGAUACCUCGCAUCUGUUUUGAAUAUGGAUUGAAGAAACGAUCGGUCAGCUACUUCAGGAACGCGCAUGCGCAAUCGAUCCGCCGGGAAUUCCGAAACUCUUGGACAAGAAAUCGCGGACUACAGCUAUGAAAAGAGGUCGAUUCUUGGUAUAUACGCAGCUCGGAUAUAUCUACUAAGAAUUAACUGAUCGCGGACUCCUCGUAUAAAUAUUGAGAGCGUUCACUGCGUGGAUCAUGCAUAAGACCGAUUAGGAUUUUAUUAAAAUGUCACGUGUUAUGCAGGCAUGGAAAAAGAAGACAAACGCUCGAUUUGACUGCUGGAUGAUCGAGAAAAUAGUAUCUUUUUACGAAUCUUUUAAAAGAACGAUUUCCAAAAAUUUGACGGGCAUCGGCAUCGAGGAAUUCUGUGAUGGAAUCGUUGAAUGUGAUUCAGAAGUAGUGCGUGCCAUUUUUGAGCAUACUGAGAUUGUUAGGGGCCAUAUGACGCCAGAGAUCCAACUAUUUCUUUUAACUCCCAACUGUAAUUUAUAUCACACGCAAUACGAAAGAAUUUCGGAGUCGAAAGGGAUAAAGAGAAGCGUUUUCUUGGAACCUUUUUGGUCGAUUUAUUGGCCAGGUGGACAGGCUCUCGCUAGAUUUGUACUGGACGAAGGAAGAACACUUUUUGAAUCCUCGAAGGAAAUUUUGGAUCUUGGAGCUGGAUGUGGUGCCACCGCUAUUGCCGCGAAGCUCGUUGGCGCUGACAGGGUUGUUGCCAACGAUAUCGAUAGAGAAAGGAAGUUGCGAAUUGGAAAAUAACGAUUAAGAAGCGAUAAUGUAAAUUUCUUAGUCGAUUGGAAAUCCAUCGUUGCUUAAAACGAGAGGAGCAGGUAAAAUCGCGUUGUUAUGUACGAGUGUCUCGUGAGAAGGAAUGCGCGGCUCGUUUUACGUUUCAUACGUUUCUUCGUUCGCGAUCAGCAGCAUUAAAAAUACAAUCGUCGUUAGACGGUACUGUUCACAGACAUUCCGCUUACCGGGGAAUUAUUAUCAUUAUCAUUGGGAAACGUUGAAGCAGUUUGAAAUAUUUACACGAGCAAAGGAAAUUUACUAUCUACAUGGGGAAGAACCGAGUGCAUUGCGCUCGACAGAACGAGUCGAGCGAGUCGAUGGAAAUACCCUGUAGAAACAGAAAAAACGAAAAGACGCUGGUAGAAUUGACGUCACUUGUGCACCUGCUUAGGCGGCCAGAAAGCAACGUAGCAACGUCUGGAUUCGGAUGCCAGAUUUCUAAACGGUCGAUGCAAAGUUGUACGCACUCGUGUUACUAAUAUAUCCGCUAUAAAUAAUUCGUACCAGGAAUAAAGAGCCUUUCUCACUGGGAAAUAAAUUGGAGAAGGAAGCGGUUGAAUGCUGCGGUGGAUGCAAAGACGUAAUAAACAAAAGUACAAGUUGUAGAAUAACGUAUAAAAAAUAUGCAAAGCAUCGAUAGGAGUGAUAUUAAAAGGAUGUAGAACUCCUUGGAUGAAUGUAAAUGUCAAGGUCAGCCCAAGGCCACGCACAUGUACAAUUUUAAUUUUUAUAUGGGAAAUAUUUGAGUUUAAAACAGGGUCAAUGAUCUUUUUAUUUCCAAGAAGGAACUAGGUAACCUUAACGGUGUGUUCAAUAAAUUAAAGAAACUUCGAAGAAUCGAUGUCACGAUAAUAUUCCGACCUGUGAUCACGUUUUUCCUUAAUUGCAUCAGCGUGUUUCUCACGUGUCGUACUUGGAGAACACGAAUCGAUAAUAAAGUAACUACCGGUAUUUACGUUACAUUAGACGAUACUGGGAAUUCAGCUUAUUUCGUACGAAUGAAAUUU